AAACACUAUCUCUCUGCCUCUGAGAGAGGAGGGAUUUCUGCAGAUGGGAGGGAAAAGCGGCUCAGAGGUCCAUAUAAAGAGCCAGCGAGUGAGGGAGGGAGAAGUGUGUGUGUGAGCGGACACUGGCGAAGCUCCAAGGCUGUUUGAAAGAGCAGAGAGAAGCAGGCGAGAUGUUGGGCUGUGAGGGUGGCGGGCCGAGGGUCCGGUCCUGGGUUACUCUGAUCUCGGGGCUGCUGGAGUGUCUGGGGUUCGCAGGGGCCGUUUUCGGCUGGGCAACGCUGGUGUUUGUGCUGAAGACCGAAGGCUACUUCAGCAGUCUGUGUGUGAACGCCACCAUCAAUGGAACCGCUGUGGAAGAUUGCAGUAGACAGGAUGAGCAGUUCUCCCUCAUCUUCACCAUCGCAUCCUUCAUGAACAACUUCCUCACGCUGCCAAACGGCUUCCUGUUUGACCACUUCGGGACCACUGUUGCCAGGCUGCUGGGAAUAUCGGUAUACACUGCAGGAAUGUUGUUAAUAGCCUUUUCCACUCCAGCGAGCUCCAUCCUGCUCUUCCCGGCUCUGUCCUUCAUCGCUGUGGGAGGAAUUCUGUUCCUGGUCACCAACAUGCAGGUGGGGAAUCUGUUCGGCGCUCACCGCUCCACCAUAAUCACUCUGUAUAAUGGAGCCUUCGACUCUUCCUCUGCGGUUUUCCUCGUCAUCAAGCUGCUGUUUGAGGAUGGCGUGUCUCUGCGAGUGUCUUUCCUCUUCCUGGCCUGCUGCAGCGUCAUUCAUCUGUUCCGCACGUUUGUGCUGAUGCCUCGUACUCACAUCCCGUAUCCGCUGCCGGAGAACUACAGCUACGGGGUGAACUGUGGAGUAACUCGGGAUUAUAACGUUGCAAAGACUGAAAAUAAAAACAUCCAGACUUCUGAGUCUGAGGAGGAAAGGCCAUUUAAAGAGACUUCUGUCCCAGGCCAAAACACAGUCACAACAGAGCGUAGUUUCAAGAGCUGUCUCCUGUCCUGGUUCUUCUUGUGGCAUCUGCUGUGGCUUUCUGUGAUGCAGCUGAGACACUACCUGUUCAUCGGGACCUUAAACCCGAUGCUGAAUCAUCUGUCCGGUGGAGACCCAGGCCUCGUCAGUAGAUAUACAAAUGCGUUUGCGUUCACCCAGCUGUGUGGGAUCCUGUGUGCACCCUGGAACGGCCUCAUCAUGGACCGCCACAAGAGAAAGCAGCGGGAACCAGGUCAAAGUGAGCGAGAAGCAGACCUGAAGGCGGCGAUAUUGUCUCUGUCGCUGACGGCGCUGCAGUGUGUGCUGUUCUCAGUGUGUGCCGCCACCCCCAUCCUUCCUCUGCAGUAUCUCACAUUCAUCCUCCAAGUGCUCAACAGAUCCUUCCUCUACGGAGGAAACGCGGCCUUCAUCAGUGUGGCGUUUCCAUCGGAACACUUUGGAAAGCUGUUUGGAAUGGUGAUGGCUCUGUCCGCUGUGAUCUCGCUGCUCCAGUAUCCCUGCUUCGCCCUCGUUAAAGGACCGCUGGCUGGAGACCCUCUUUACGUGAACGUUGGUCUGACCGUUCUGAGUCUCCUGGCCUUCAUCAACCCUCUGUAUGUUUUCCUGCACUGCCGGCGUCAGGCCGCCCAGAGAUCCUCAACAUAACGCUCCAGGCAAAGGGAACGUCAGCCUGACCUCUGACCUUUAAAACUGGUUUCUGUUACUUGUUAGUUUUUCUUUACAGAACUUAACAAAAAAGUAUAGUGGAAAGAAAUAUGUUACUAACCUCAGUGGCCUGUCCUGCAGAGGUCGACUCUUGACCGGGGUCAGUGUUAUCUGUGCUGAUCACAGCAGGAAAUGAGCUCCUUUACCCUCUUUACGAACUCCCUCAGGUAUAUUAUUGUUGGAUCUUGCGGUGCGAUCAUGCACGUUCACACUCAUGCGCGUAAGAAUAUUAUACACUGUAAGAAAACAAUCUGUGAAGGCUGACAUUUGCUUUAACCCUAAAACAGUGUGAUGUGUAAUUCAAAAUAGGGGUAAAACAUCUGUGAAAACCAGAAAUGUCUUUCAUAAUAACAUGGUAGCUAACAAAAACAUGUUCUACUAACAUUCCUAUUGAGUUAUAAAAGCGUUAUUUCUGAAUGUUCCUUGAACGUUCAAAACAUUCUAAAAACUUUACUUGCUUAUGUGAACGUUAAGUAAACAUUCUAUUAUAUCAUUCCUCAAACAUUAUGUGAACGUUACUCUUGAAUUUUCUCUGAACGUUCUGAAACAAGAAGUAACAUUUAACAAAUGUUAAACGAACGUCCAACUAUAACGUGUCAGGUAAAAAGUUUAAUCAAUGUUUUUGUGCUAACUUUUUGAGAAAAUUAGUAAAGACCAGAUAACAUUGAAGGAAUGUUCUAUUAAAGUCGUCAUUAAAUUAGAUUUUACCCUAUUUACUCCGUUAGCACACAUUCCUAGUCUUGAAAUUUGUCGUGAUAAUCUUUACUCAAAAUCGGUAAGUUUUCUUCCGCUCUGGAAUGGCGUUCCUUCUCUGAUGACGUCAGGUUGAAUAUUCUUAGCCAAUCCCCUCUAACCGUCAGAAUUAAACCCCGCCCUCUAUUCAAUAUUCAGUUUCACUUGGAAAUACGUGUCAGUUGCAACUUCCAGUUCAUGGGGACUUUACUGGAAGAACGUUUGUUCAUAACUUUGAGAGAACCUUUCCAGAACGUUCUGAGAAGGUUCCUUGUUAGCUGGGAUAGAACAAUGUGACGUAUUUUAUGUUGCGUGUUGUUUGUUUAAAAAAUACAUCAUAAAGCUAGUGAUAAUCAUAAAGGGAACACCAUGAAAAUGUUUAUAUGACAUGGAUAUUUUGGCUAAAUGGCAGAAAUGUCUGCAGAUGAAUGUGUGACGGGUACAUGUUUGCUGUGGGAGCCUCUGCUGGACACUGUGUGAAACACAUCCUCCUCUCACAGAGCUCUGUACAAAUAUAUCAGGAUUACUCCAAAUAAAGGGAAUUUUUGUAUAA